UUACGAAAUUGCAGCGUACCGAGCGCUGUACGAUCCUAGUUUUACUGAUUUGUCCAGUGUUUGCCACUUGUGACUUUUUAUGCUGUAGCUCGCAUUCAUUCGGCGUUUUAUCACCAUGUCGGUGGCUUUUGCACCUCAUAGACAACGAAAGGGCGAUAUAACGCCCGCCGGAAUACAAAAGUUGCUUGAUGAAAACAACCAGCUGAUCCAAUGCAUAAUGGACUUCCAGAGUAAAGGCAAAACAGCAGAAUGUUCACAUUAUCAGCAGAUGUUGCACAGAAAUCUAGUGUAUCUGGCCACGAUAGCAGACUCCAAUCAGAACGUACAGUCUCUCCUCCCUGCUCCACCCACUCAAAAUAUGCCGAUGGGCCCCGGUGGCAUGAACCAAAGCGGACCCUCUCCUCAGCCCCCUCACGGUCACAACAUGCCCUCUGAGGGUAUGGUAAGCGGCGGCCCUCCAGCCCCCCAUAUGCAGAAUCAGAUGAAUGGCCAGAUGCCGGGGCCUAAUCAUAUGCCCAUGCAAGGUCCUGGUCCAGGUCCCAACCAGCCUCCAAACAUGCCCAGUGGCUCUAUGAAUAUGCCCCCCAGCAGCCAUGGCUCUAUGGGCGUUUACAAUCACGCAGUCCCCUCUUCGCAGGGCAUGCCAGCACAGAGCCAGAUGAACAUGACCCAGGGUCAAGCUAUGGGAAGCUACGGGCCUCGACCGAAUAUGAACAUGCAACCUAGUCAAGGUCCCAUGAUGCAUCAGCAGCCUCCAUCACAGCAGUACAACAUGCCUCCCGGUGGUGGUGGACAACACUACCAAGGACAACAGAACCCAAUGGGUAUGAUGGGCCAGGUCAGUCAAGGGAACCACGUCAUGGGACAGAGGCCGAUGCCCCCCUACAGGCCACCGCAGCAAGGACCUCCCCAGCAGUACCCAGGGCAGGAAGACUACUAUGGGGACCAGUACAGUCACGCAGGACAGGGAGCCUCAGAAGGUAAUGCACAAUAUGGCCAACAACAGGAAGCAUACCAGCAGGGCCCUCCACAGCAGCAGGGCUAUCCUCCACAGCAGCAGUACCCAGGUCAACAAGGCUACCCGCCUCAGCAACAGGGUUAUGGUCCUUCCCAAAGUGGACCAGGACAGUAUCCCAACUACCCUCAGAAUCAGGGGCAGCAGUAUGGGGGUUAUCGUCCCCCUCAGCCCGGACCUCCACAGGGCCAGCAGCAGCGCCCAUACGGUUAUGACCAGGGGCACAUGAGGAAAUAAAGAAGCGGGGAUUUGAACCCCUCACUAGCUCUAUAAGAAGCAAAGGGCCAGUAUGGAAAUUACCAGCAAUGAGAAAUGGUCACAGUUUACCCACACAACUCCUCUCUGAUCUUUGAGUUUUAUCCUCUGGUCAACUGCUAAGCAGACUAUAUUGAUGGUUUCAGCUCAGAUCCUCCCGGACACAAACACAUUUAUGAAUAAAAGAUCUGUUUUCCACUCUUUUUGUCCUCUCUACUAAAAUAUAAACCUGUUAAUGGUGCACAUUGACACGGGGAUGGUAAAGUCAGUGACCUUGCUCCAGUGUUUCAAAGUGGCAAUGCCUUAAAGAAAUUGGAACUGCCUUAUCCUUUAGCAUUGCAGAGUGAGGAAGGUGAUGACAAAGAUUUCUGACAAGAAAACUCAAAUUUUCAGCGUGCAUCGUUUCCCUGGCCUUCAACUCUGUAAUCAAACAAAGCAAUAAUGCCUGCAGUAGGGACUUGUUCUGGGACUUGAAGAUAAAAUGAUGCAGAUGCAGCAGGUGAACUUCCAGCUAGGCCAAUGGUACAUGUCUCGAUGUAUGUGAUACUGUAAAAAAAAAAAGCUGUUAUUUUGUGCUUUUUAGAUCGAGCUAACUUUGUAUAAGAGGUUGAAAACUAGUACUAAGCCUGUGUUUUUUAUUUUAUGAAGCUUAUGUGUCUUUUUUUUUUUUUUAUGCUCCUUUACGGCAGUGAAUCCCAUACAUUUUUGUUCUUUGUUGUUGGAAUGUAUGUCUAAUAAAUUAGGUCUGCUACAUAUGUGACAUGAACUCUGUAUAAAUGGAUAUUUUAUUAAAAAUGCACAAAAUUUCUUUAAAAAAAAUAUGGGCAGCAUAAAACAACCCAUAAAAGUGUUAAGUGUGUUUUCUUCUUUUUUUUCUUUUCAAACCGUAGCACCUGACAAAAAUAAGGCCGCCUUUUUAAACAGCUGUCAGAGAGAUAGCUGUCUGUAGCAGAUUGCAAGUUAAUCUGCUAUAUUUUUUUUCUUUUUCUGAAGGCAUAAACUUGUUUGCAACAUGGUAAAUGGAAAAGCCCAUCACAAUUAGGUUUAUAAAAUCAUUUCUGUUUUUAUCCCUACAAGCGGUGUUAGUCUGUUAGCCGACAAUGCUGGACUCAUGACGUUCCCUUAGAAGAGACGUCUGAGUUGAUGUCAUUCAAGUGAUGUUUUGUGUGAAAUGAAUAUUGUUACUGUCAAAUAUGUAACAUAAUAUGUGAAAAUAUGUUCUGAAGUGGAUUCCUUGAACACAGCAAAGACUGGUUGUGCAGUUUUAUAUCACUGGCUUGAUAUCUGUAUUAUGGUGCAUAUUUUAUUGAUCCUGUAUGUACAGCAGCGUGAAGACGAGGAACUGACUGUCCUCUGUAUUGUUUAUAUGGCUGUUUUAAUAUUUUUCAUUCUGCACCCCAUUCAAGUGGAGGUCACAUAAUGUGUCUUGGCAAUGUGAACUGUACAUUCGAAUAAAUUAGAAGAAUCUUUAAUA